UUUCAUACAUAUAGUAUAUCUCAUAUUCUUUCAUCACUGUACAUUACUGUUGAAGACACUUGUCACGUAUAGAUCUGCACAAGUAUUGUCGUUAUUAUGGCAGCUAAGGUGCACGAAUUUGGUGUCGAAAUGACUUGCGAAGGGUGUUCGAAUGCGGUGCAGAAUGUGCUAAAGAAAAAAGGUAUUAAUGAAUUCAAGAUAAACCUUCAAGAACAAAAAGUAACUGUGACCACCACACUUGAUUCAGAUGAAAUAUUGGAGAUACUUAAAAAAACAGGGAAAAAGUGCCAAUACUUGGGAACACAAAACUAAAAACUUGUGGAAUAUUAUGACUGAAUUGGGUGCUGUUAAUAUAUAUAUAAAAGCUAUUUUUUGUUUUAUAUAGUUUCUGUAAAAAAACUCAUACUUUAUUUAUGUUUGUAUACAAAGUACAAAACUACUUAAAAUCUUUUCCACAAUAAAAAAAUUUAAGUAUCUUUUGUAAUACA